AUGUCAUCUCCGGGCAUGGGCACCCCCAGUGACCCCCUUUUGGCCAGUCCAGGAGGGAGGUUAUCCUCAGCUCAGGAAGGUAUCUGGAGGAGCUCACUCCCCAAAACUGCCAGCUUCCCGACGUCCACCACUCGGCAUCUUAGUCACCGAGCCAACAACUUCCAAAGACAGCCAAAGCGUCGGAAGCUGAUACGACCUUCUCCACCUCCGCCACCCAACACACCUUGUCCCCUUGACCAGCUGGACCUUAGUGAACUUCCUCCGAGACGUACCUUCCAAGAGCUACUCUUCAAUGGCUGCAUCCUGUUUGGUAUUGAAUUUAGCUAUGCCAUGGAAACAGCUUAUGUGACUCCUGUGCUUCUACAGAUGGGUCUGCCUGAUCAGUUCUACAGCUUAGUGUGGUUUAUUAGCCCCAUACUGGGAUUCCUCGUUCAGCCUCUCAUAGGAGCAUGGAGUGAUCGAUGUACAUCCCGGUUUGGGCGAAGGAGACCUUUCAUUUUUGCCUUGGCCAUAGGGGCUUUGGUUGGUCUAACCCUGGUGCUGAAUGGACGGGACAUUGGAGGUGCUCUGGCUGACACAGCUUCAAAUCACAAGUGGGGAAUUGUCCUGACAGUGUGUGGUGUGGUUCUGAUGGACUUCAGUGCUGAUUCAGCUGAUAACCCAAGCCAUGCCUACAUGAUGGAUGUGUGCAGCCCAGAAGACCAGGAUCGAGGGUUGAAUAUCCAUGCACUGCUGGCAGGACUUGGAGGUGGAUUUGGCUACAUAGUGGGUGGCAUCAACUGGGACCAGACACAAUUCGGAAGGUCGAUGGGAGGUCAACUGCGGGUCAUAUACCUGUUUACGAGUGUCACUUUGGUGAUUGCCACAGCCAUGACUCUGAUGAGUAUCCCCGAACGGCCCUUACCAAAGAGCCAACCAAACAAAAACUCUAGCAAAAACCAUCUGAAGAGCCCCAGCCUUCCUCUUCCUCCCUCUCCUCCUGUUCCCCCAGGAUCAGCUUCGGGACUGGAUGAGGAAGAGGAGGACGGUCUUUACAGCUACAAUUUCUCUAAAUCUCGCCCUCCUGACCCUCUUGCCCAUUCUUGCAGUGCCAAUGCAUGCCUCUGUGUCGGCCUCACUAGCCCCAUAUCGCCCUUGAGCCCCCUCACUCCAAAAUAUGGCAGCUUUAUUAGUAGGGACAGCUCACUCACAGGCAUCAAUGAGUUUGCCUCGUCAUUAGGAACCUCCUACAUUGACAGUGUGCUCAUAGACUGCUACACAGGUCAGCAGACACCACAGGCUGUCGCCCCCGACUCUACCACUGAGGCCCUGCCUCUAGGGGACUCAACUCCUCCUGAGGAGUCCACACAGGGGGCAGGGAGACAUCCUGUGGGACAGACCCAGGCUGAUGUGGUGUCUCAUCCAGCUGGAGAAGCUCAGGAUGCAGAAGCGCCCCAGGCUGAGGGAGAUGCACAAUCUCAUGGUGCAUCUCAGGUCACAGCUGGAGCUCAGCCUGGUGCAGGGUCACAUAGGGGCUCCACUGCUGGCAUCCUGAAGCGACCCCAGAGCCUUGCACUGAUGGAGGAGCCCUUAGCAACACAGAUCGUUGGGCUGGAGAAUGGACGCAGGAGAACAGUGACCUUCAGCCAGCAGGUUGCAAACAUUUUGCUGAAUGGGGUGCGCUAUGAGAGUGAUCUGAGUGAGAAUGUGGAAACAGGAGAAUCCCAAAUGUCAAUGAAGCUGCUGUGUAUAGCCAUCUACAGAAUGCCUCCCUCUCUGCGGAGUUUAUGCACUAACCAUUUUUUGGGCUGGCUGUCCUUUGAAGGCAUGCUGCUCUUCUACACUGACUUCAUGGGUGAGGUUGUGUUCGAAGGAGACCCCAAAGCACCCCACGACUCUGAGGCUUACCAACGCUACAAUGCUGGUGUUAGCAUGGGCUGCUGGGGCAUGUGCAUCUAUGCAUUCAGUGCUGCUUUCUACUCAGCCAUAUUGGAGAAACUAGAGGAGCGUUUCUCUCUUCGCACUCUAUAUUUUUUUGCCUACUUGGCGUUUGGUUUGGGCACAGGCCUUGCCACACUAUCCACCAACCUGUAUGUGGUACUUUCUCUCUGUGUCACCUAUGGGGUGCUCUUCUCCUCUCUAUGCACUCUGCCUUACUCUCUGCUGUGUGAAUACUACCAGAGCCCUCAGUUUUGCGGCUCAUCAGAGGAAGGGACCAGACGAGGGAUGGGGGUGGACAUCUCUCUGCUCAGCUGCCAGUACUUCCUGGCUCAGAUCCUGGUCUCUGUGGCGAUGGGACCUCUGACCUCACUGGUGGGUGGGGCCCAGGGAGUGAUGUACUUUGCAAGCCUGAUGUCAUUCGUGGGCUGCCUGUACUCCUCUCUCUGCGUGGUGUACCAGCUGCCCCCCCCUGAGGGUGAGCCCCCCGAAAGCGAGACCCAGCCACUAUUGGUGCACAUUUAG